AACAACCUCCGGGUCGUCGUUGGAAAAAAUUGGCGGUUUGCGUUGUUGCUGUUGUUUCCUCGCGGAGCUUUCUGAACUUUAGUUUGGCAAAGAUGAACUCAAACGUCACGUAACCGGACCUUAACAUCACCCUAGCACGCCGGCAGUGCUCGGUAAUCUGAAAACAGCUCGUUAGAUGAAAGUUGACCAACUUUAAAAGCUGUCAACUCUGUCGCUAGCAGCUGAAGCUAGCUGUCCCUCCACACCCCGGAGCCUGACUUUGUUUGUUCACUUCUCGGUGUGAUGGCGAACACGGCGCAGAAGAAGAAUGGGAAGUAUCUGUGGUUUGCUCUUCUCGGGCUUGGAUUUCAACCGGAUACGGCGACGACGUCGAUCGCCGGCAAAGCCAACAUUAACGUGAAACACAUCAACCUGGGGCCGAAUAUGUUUGACAAACCAAACAAGGACGCCUCCUACAUAGUAACCACUUUCCUGUUGGAAAAGCUGAACCCUGCACGAUUUAACGAGGCGUACAGGUACUGCUGGCCUGUUUUGAACCACAAGGCUGAUGCAGAGUUUCGCAAAGUUACCUGCACUUGGUUAAAAGAAAUAAUGGAUGAAACUGCAAACGCAGGAUCCAAAGUGGUAGCGUCCUUAUUCCUCUCGCCCGGAGGACCCAAGUUUAUCAGCUUGAUGCUACAUUUGGCCAAUCACGUCAUGCUGCAGGAAAUGAAGACAUUCAGCACAGAUGACAGCUGGGUCCCCGAGGCGGCAAUGAUGCCCGCGUCCUCCCUGGACAUGGCGGUGAAGAGACUUCACCUGGUCAGUACCAGGUUUUUGAAAACUGCGGUGGAUCAGGACCGUUUUCUCCACGAGUACCAAAAAAAAGCCCAGCUCCUGGUGAGGUCUAUGAAGGACCUCAGAGCAGAGGGCACCAAGUAUGAUGAGCUGCUCAAGCGUCACAGCAGUGAUUCUACCCAGGAGGGAGCAUCUCCAGCUGAGAAGACCAAGAGGGUGCGCUCUUUGUGGUCGGACAUUGAUGGAAUGCUGUGGGCUAUCAAAGAGGAGCAGCAUGCAGUGGAAAGUGUCUUGAAAGGGGAUGUAGAUCAGUACAUCCUGGACGGGACAGAUCGAGUCCUCAGGAUUCCCCGGACUCUGCUGGAGAGAGUUGAACAGCUUCCACAUCAGUUGAGCUCAGGGAAUGUGUAUGAGGCCGGCCAGCUCAACCUCCUGUGUGUGUUGGAGCUGAUGAACCACACGCUGCAGCUCCUGAAAGAGGAGCGUUCUCGGGUCGCUCAUGCACCCAAACCUCAGCUUAGUCCGAAGCACCUGCAGGAGAAAUGUCAGCAGAUGGCCCGUGUGCUGCAGAACCUCCACCUCAUCAGACAGAAGAUUUCCAAGGAAGGCAUUCCUGAGGUUAGAAGUACCAUCAGAGAGUUGGAGGCUGAGUGGGACAGGAAGUGGAUGGAAAUCCUGAAAGACACGCCCCUCGUCUCUUUUCUGAAUGAAGAUCCUGCUCUUUGCUUCCUCUCGCCAAUGGCUCCUCUGUCCUUUGAACCAGCAGCUGAGGCUGGUUACAGAAGUAGUGUGUUCUCCCAGUACCCUGCAACACUUCUUGAGGAGAAGCCUGCAGAGCAUAAAACCCAGGAAGACGUCCAGCCUAGUUCUUCUGACCUGAAGAGCUCUUGUCCUGCCACAGCAGAGAGGACUGAAAGUCCUGUUGUCUCCACUGAAGUGCCCUCGCAAGCGAACACUUCUCUCGACUGGCUUUUCGACACUCCUCCAUCUCCUUAUCAGAGGGGUCGAGCUCCAUCGGUACCGCCACUUCAGGCCAGUGUGAGGAAGAUGACCCGUGUUUAUCCGAAGGCAUCUCCCAUGAGGACCAAGACUCAAAUAUUGGACAUGGAGUGUGAUAACCUCGCUGAUCAGUUUGCAGAUGCUGUAACUACAGCCACUCCAGAAGGUCGGGGCAAAGGUCUGGACCUGGAGGGCAUUCUCAGCACUCUGCACGGAGAUCCCUUCUCUACUAGGAAGCAGCUGCCACGUACACCAGAGAGCUUGAUUAUGGAUGUGAAGAGCUCCUGGCGUAAAGCCCUGGAGGAAGACAAAGCAGAGAAAAUGGGGCGGUCAGUGGUUAACAACAGUGUGAUCGGCCACCUCACUCCUGUCGCUGAGGCUCACGAUGUGUUGCUGAGCCCCGAUGCUGCUUCCCCAAAUGUCACCUGCGGUAUCACUUCCACUGUCAUGGGCCACAGCAGCCCCCCCGUCAGCGAGCAGGGGCUCUUACUGAAGUCCACCUUACUGUGGGACACCUUCAACACUGAGGCCCACGACAGCCCGAGUGGCACAGGCAGCAGUGCGGUCCAGUUCAGCCUCGACCACGAAACUCUCCCGGAGAUGCCAAGCUGCGACAGUCUGCUGAGCCUCGACGACGAAGCAGUGGAUAUGAAGAGCGAGGAUGAGGAUGACGAGCUCCUCAUCCCCUCCCUGAAGACGGAGGCGACACAGUCGCCGCCAGCCACACGUCGUCAUCUGGAGUGGAUCCAGCAGGGGCUGGGCGAUGGCUCCUUCAUGGGAAGCAGGAAGAGGACACCAGAGUGUCUUCUGUCGGAUCACGCUGACUUGGACAGAGACUGGCUGAUGGAGCCUGUGAAGUCAGUGGACGCCACAGAUAAGGUCUUCUCACUGGACCUGGACGCACUCAAGACACCUUCACCUACAAAGAAGCAGGAGUACAGCCUCCCAAAACUGAUCACAUUUUCACCCAUAGAUGACAUGAAGUGUUAACUACAUUCAUACAAAACCACUUUUCAGCCUCCACUGCCUUGAACUAUUUCCCUUGACUUUAAUAGACAUGUUUAUUAACAUUUGUACAUAGCUGUGAAAUAACCUGUCACGAUCUAAAUGUUUUCUGUGCAUUUUGUUUUAAUUUAAAAUAAGACAUGAGCUGCUUUAAUAAAAUAAAGUGUGGUUAACUUUUACUUGUUUGUACAUAAUUAGGAUUGUUAAUUUCAUAAUGUCUUAAACAUAAAACCCCUAAACAUUUCAUUUCCAGGAUCUGUCUGUAAAAUGUCUGGUAGCAUAAAACUGUUUUGAACUUAAGGAAUUGAGUCUGCUGUAUUUUAAAUUGCACUAUUGCCAUGGUUUCUAACCACGUCAACAGGAUGUUGA